UCCUAAAAUUUUCAAACUCCAACAAUCCAAUCUAAGUUUCACUAGCAUAUUUGUAGUAAUACACAAUACAAAAUUGUCAGAAAGAGUAGUCAUCCUCAGAAUUUUCUAUUUCAUGUUCCUAAAGUUAUCUACCUGAGGAGCUCAACUAAGUAAUGGAGAUGUCUGAUUCUGCUGGAAAAGGCCGCAGUUUUGGCAAGAUUAUGUUUUCUGAGAUUUGUUUGCAUGAUAAGAUGAUGAUUCCGGAAAAAUUUGUAAGGAAAUACGGAAAGCAGCUCCAUGUUGGCGUUUCCCUGAAGGUUCCAGGGGGUGCAUUCUGGCACGUUGAUUUAGUUGGAGAUGGUGAUAAGGUCUGGCUACAAAAUGGAUGGCCUAAAUUCGCAAGAUUCUACUCUCUAGCUUUCGGGCAUUUCCUGGUUUUCAAGUACCAAGGGAAUUCCCAGUUUGAUGUUUUCAUAUAUGAUCAGAGGGGUGUUGAGGUGGAUUAUCCAGUGGAUAGCUCACUACAUAUGAAUGAACAAAAGAAUCUUAAUCUGGGGGAAUUUAGUCAAGUGAGGAAAAGGGUAGCCAUUGACGUCGAUGGACUUAAGGCCUGUAAGAAGACGAGAGCAAAUUCAGCCUGCGCGGAAGCAUGUCAUUUUGGUGAGUGUCUAAUACGAAAGCUGCAGCACAAGAAAGCUCUUGUGAGCAGAUUGGAUGGCAAUAUUCAACCUCCUGAGCAAGGUGAGAUUGAUAUUUAUACACAGCAGCAAGGUUUUGACAUGCAUGAGAUGGUUUUAGAAAGCUCUGAUGAUGAAACGGAUUCAUCAGGUGAGGACAUGGCUACGCAGAAUGGAGGCACCUCGGCUACAAGGCGUGGGCUAAGUGGAGGUUUCAGAAUGUCUACAAAAAGCAGGUUAACCAAAACAAUGGUGAUAGGACUUUCAGCUGCUGCUCACGAGGAGAAAGACCGUCACGCUAGCUGCAGUAGAAAUGGUUCCGAGGCCGAGGCCAAGGCCAAGGGAAAGAGAGGAGGAUUAUAUUUGGGCUGUUCGACCUAUGAUAAAGGGAAAGCUAAUGCACUUGCCUCGGCAAAAGAUUUCAAAUCUAAGAACCCCUCCUUCAUUCUCACCGUGCGUCCAUCAUUUAUAGAUGGAAGAAGCCAAGUGGAUAUCAAGAGGGCUUUUACACAAAGGUAUAUGAGGAGCAACCAAAAUUUCCAAGUACACCUUCACGCUAAUGGAAAAACUUGGCCCAUUUGGUGCUACGCUUUUUGCAAUCGGUGCAGGUUUGCUCGAGGUUGGUCACAAUUUGCUGAAGACAAUUCACUAUCUGUAGGAGAUGUUUGUGUGUUUGAGCUAGUUAAUCGCUCGCAAAACUUGCUCCAAGUUUUCAUAUAUAGAGCAACAAAAUGCUAGA